UUGAUAAUAAAUAUAAUCGAAGAUAAUUAAGAAAUACAAGAAUGUCUAACUCAAGUUUUCAAAUUGAUAAAUUGCAUGCUGAAAAUUAUGCAUCUUGGUCAAUACAGAUGCGAAGUUUAUUGAUAACGCAAGAUUAUUGGGAUGUGAUUGAGACUCCUCUAAGUGAAACAGCAACCAUUCAAGAAAAAUCAGCGUGGAAAGUUAAAGAUAAUAAGGCGUUGGCAUUAAUAACUUUGGCGGUGAGAACAACUGAACUGAUUCAUCUUAAAGACUGUAGAAGUGCAAAAGAAGCUUGGUGUAAAUUGGAAAACAUUUACAGAGCUAAAGAUCCUGCAAGAAAAGUUCAUUUAUUCAUUUUAUUCAAUUUGUGCGAUUCAAGUUCUCAUCUGAAGAAAAAUAUAGUGUACAAAUAAACAAAUUUUCUUCAAUAGCAGAUGAUUUGAAGGAUGCUGAUAUAAAUAUUCUUAGUGAAUUACUUUCAAUAUUUUUAUUGUGUAGUUUGCCUCCUGAAUUAGAAAAUUUUGUUAUUGCAAUUGAAAGUCGUGAUUCAUUACCAAGUAUGGAACAAUUAAAAAAUAAAAUAUUAGAAGAAUAACAGCGAAGAAGUGAGAAUUGCCAUGAGAAUAAGGAUCAAGUUUUUGCAAUCAAGAACCGAAAUAAAAAUUUCAACAAUAAGUGUGUAAAUCCGAAUAAUCAACAAAAAUAUAAAAAUUUGAAAUGUUUUGGAUGUGGCAAGAAAGGACACUUACGUUCUCAGUGCCAUGUUAAGAAUAAGACUGUUGGUAAUCAAGAAAGUGCAAUGUUUAUAAUAAAUUCUUGUAUUAGUGAUGAUAAUUUAAAUGAAUGGCUCUUAGAUAGUGGAGCAUCAUCACAUGUAUGUCGAGAAAAAGAAUUAUUCUCAGAUAUGAAAGAAUAUAAUAGUGAAGUAAUAUUAGCGUCUGGUGAUAGAAUUGAUGUCAAGGAAAUUAAUGAAGUUAAAGUUAAAUUUAACAAUAAAUGCUAUGAUUUAAAAAAUGUUUUGUAUAUUCCUAAUAUGAAAUCAAAUUUUUUGUCUGUUAGUAAGA